GAUAUCUGUUGUUUAAAAAUCGAUUUCUAUUUGUUUCCAUUUAAAUUUCCAAAAAGUGGUUGUAAAAGUUGUCAUAUGUGUUGACCAUGUGAUUGUUUACGUUUGUGGCACAUUGUCAAAGUGCGCUGGAUUUGUUUACAGUUCGCAAGGCAUGAAAAAACAACAUUCAUACGUUUGCUAAAUUCGGUCGCGUUUUCGUGUCGUGCGUUUUAUGUGUUUCCAGCGGUGAGUGCGUGUUUGAAUCGUUGGAAAAUGUUACCAGGAAUCGGAAUGUUCGGUACGGGCGAGGUGACCCACGUGCUCGUGCCAAUACUGCGUGACAAGGGUUUCAACAUUGUUGCGAUAUGGGGACGCACAGGCAAGGAAGCGGAACAGGCAGCACUCGAGCUGAAGAUACCGUUCCACACGGCCAAGAUCGACGAUGUGUUGCUGCGGAAAGACGUCGACCUUGUGUUUAUCACCUGCCCGCCGUUUCUGCACUCGCAGAUAUCGGUGAAGGCGCUCGGCAUCGGCAAACAUGUCGUGUGUGACAAACCGAUGACGCUGAUGCAGAGCGAUGCACUGAAGAUGGUCCGUGCCAGCCAGUAUUAUCCGACGCUUAUUUCCAUCGUAAACCAUUCGCUGCGGUUUCUGCCCGCAAUCGCACACAUGAAGCGCGCCAUCCAGGAAGGUUACAUUGGGCCACCGGGACCCUGUCUCGAUCAGACGCUAAUCGAUGUGAAGGUGCGAAUGGGUCCGCUAUUCAACCGAAAGCGUUACGAUUGGCUGUGCGACGAGUCGAUGGGUGGUGGGGCGCUUAAUCUCGUCGGCAGCCAUGUGAUAGAUUUGGUGAAGUUCCUGACGGAGCGGAAAGCGAUCCGUGUGCAUGGAACGGUACGCACGUACGCAAUGUACGCCGCACAUUCACACACUGGUAUACGGAGAGUAGCCGCACCGGACGUGUGCACUUUCCAGAUGGAGCUCGAGAGUGAUGGCAGCACCAGCAGUGCGCUCGUGACGGUGAACAUCAACUGUCACGAGUCUAACAACGCGUUCCAGCAGGAAGUCGUCAUUUACGGUCCGGCGGGUCAUUUGACCGUACGUGGAGGGGAUCUGGUUGGGCAUCGUUUGAAUGCCGAUACGGGCGCCAUCAAGGAGGAAAUGUUGUACGUGGAUGUCCAGGAUCUUCAGUUCUCUACCUCCGAUACGGCCCUACCCAGACCGUAUGUGAAGGGCCUCUGCAAGCUUGUCGGCGCACUUCGGGAUGCUUUCCAUCCGAACAAGGAAAGCGCCGGUUGGAUUAAGGAACCGGUACAGGCAGCGGCCACCUUCGAGGAUGGUCUGUACGUGCAGGCAGUGCUGGAUGCGAUCCGCAAGUCAAGCAACGAACGGUGCUGGACGAAGGUGAACGUUUGCACCGAAUCACCGACGAACCAACAGAAGCAAAAUGUGCUCGCAACUGCUGCCGCCCGCAUCGCGUCCGUCUCGGCCAUCCGGGCCGAUCCCAGUAUUAAUCAUACCGGAUACUUUUAAGCAAACAACCCAAUCAGAUUGUAAUGAACAAACCUUCUUUUGGGUUACUUUGAGCGAGAUUGCUUGGCUCAAUCAUUUUUAUAGCCGCGUAGCAGCGUCGGGAAGCGGAAAGUAUUGUUCUUUUUUUUACACUACACACACACACAAAUCGUUCUAUUUAUUGUGCAUUUUUUCUACUAAUAGCAAACUAGUACUAUUUAAUGCCUUACGCGAACAACAAUGGGUGAUCUUACCGUGAUCACGACUUUGCUAAAAGACCUCUUUUAUACUAUAUACUUCGUCUUUGAUACUCGUGGAGUACAAAAGUUUACAAUCAUUUGUGUUUUUUUUUUAUUAUCGUGCAUAUGACUAAGCGAGUUUAUUUAUUCUUUUAAACGUUUGCAUUCGUAUCGUUUCUAAUUUAUUCACCCGUCCAAAUCAUUAUGUCGUUUAUUUAUCUAUUUUUCAUACCUUUUCUAAAGAACCAUUGUUCGUUCUAAUGCCGUUAGUGUUUAAUAAGGUGUGCAUUUUGUUCGUACGAAUUGUGUACGUCUUUUUUCUGUUGUUUUUCUAUGUAAAACAUUCGAGCGUACAACAAAGUAAUACAAAGUAUAUAAUAAAUUAUAUUUAUCAUCACGUACAAUUUUGCUCCAACCGUGAAGAGGGCUAGCGAUUUCCUUCAUGACGAAAGAAC